AUGGAAUCGACUUUAAUAUGGUUAUGGAAUAAUUUGAUACAUUAUUUCAUUUUAUUAACUCAACAUUUUAAUUUAGAUGUAAUUUAUUUAGCCUGGUUAUGGGGAUUAUUUAAACCACUUUGUCUAGUUUUAUUAGCAUUAUGGUUAUUACCAGCCACAAUUUUAUUAUUUCUAUAUGGUUCAUCUCUGUUUCUACUUAUUUACAAACAUUGGAAUCGUUUAAAAGCUGCUUAUUCGGAAGAUUUAUGGUUUGGUGCGAUCAAUACAUUAGCCGUCUUCUGGGAACUUCAAGCAACCAUAUGGCAUGGCUAUGAAGUUGAAGGACUCGAACACAUUCCAGUGAAAGGACCAGUUUUGAUUAUUUUUUAUCAUGCUGCAAUACCAAUUGAUUUUUAUUAUUUAUAUACAAAAAUAUGGCUUUACAGAAAUCGUCGAGUACGAGUUGUUGUCGAUAAAUUUGUUUUUAAAAUACCAGGUUUAGCCACAUUGUUAGAAGCGCUCGAAAUUCAACCAGCAACAGCAGCAAUGUGUAAAUUAAUGUUAGAUGAAGGACAUGUACUCGCAGUAAGUGGUGUACGUGAAGCACUAUUUAGUGAUAAUAAUUAUCAGUUAAUCUGGAAAGAUCGAAAAGGAUUUGCUAAACUUGCAAUCGAUGCGAAAGUACCAAUUAUUCCUAUGUUUACAAAAAAUUGUCGGGAAGCAUUUCGUAGCGUGUCGUGUGGUCGACGUCUACUUCGUUAUAUUUAUGAGAAGACAAGACUACCACUAGUACCCAUUUACGGCAUGUUUCCAGUUAAAAUGAAAACGUACCUGGGCAAACCGAUUAUACAUGAUCCAUCCCAAACACCAGAAGAAUUGGCAAAAAAGGUUCGUGAGUCAAUUGAACAAAUGAUUGAUACAUACCAACGUCGUCCUGGUAGUAUUAUAAAAGCAUUUUUCGAUCGUUUUUUUUAA